AUGCCUUCCAAGAUCAGAGACAACAGCCCCGAGCGGCGGAGGGAAAAGAAAGAUGCCUCCAAAUCGGGCGAGAGGAAAGACAGAGACAGAGACAAAGGCAGAGAGAGACACCACAAAUCUUCGUCCCAUCGCAAGCCUUCUACAAAAGAAAAGGCCUCAUCUCGGACCUCCUUGUCUCCAGCCGACUCUAAAAGACGCUCAUCCAUGCCUGGAGUCGUAGUCGACGAUGUCCCCCCGAAGAAUGACUCCAAGUCGAGCCUCCCGUAUCCAACCUUUUCGAAGGAGCAUAGUCGUGAGGCGGUGGCUCCCCGCGCUGCUCUAAACAUCCUGACCCCUGCCACCACUGAUGUUGAUGCCUCCAAAGACCGGCUAUCUACAGCUAAACAUAAUGCACCUCCUAGCCCACCACUGACCGACCAGAACUCGACUGCAGGGAAAUGGAAACCCAGCCCAGGCAAACCCAUAUUGACCGAGACAAUACCAGAGGAAGAGAAGGACUCUAGCAGCAAAGAUUCCAAAAUCAGGAUCAGGCUGCGGCAGCAAACUUCCAAAGCAAAUGGCCAUUUGCGUACCAACUCCGACGUGGGUACCAAUAGCUCACCGACAAGGAGACCUCGCGAGCACACUCCUACCAGAGAAACACCUCUCAGGCUCGCCACUGCGCCCCAACGAUCUGUGAGCCAGCCUAUUAGACUAGAUUCGCCAGCCACGACUACGAGUACAGCAGGUUCGGGCACGAAUAUCAGCUCCGAAGCCACUUCUAUCGCCCCCGAGCAAGUAACGAUCCAACGCCCAGGAUCCAAAGUGCAAUCUGCUCAAAAUAUACCCGAUGGCCCCAUCGUCUCGCAAUCUCGAGGAGUUACACCGCUUGAGGUCUUUAUUGAAGAGGACUCACCUUCUCUGCUACGGGCUACUCCGGGCACAGGCAUAACGUCUUUCACCCCAGGGCCUCCUCCACCACCUCCCGCUCCGUUGCCCGCUGUGGUUCCCAAGGUGGAUUAUCUUCUUCAACAUGGUGGGUUGCAUCAAACAGUUACUAAGAAUCUCCUCCUGGCUGGAAAACCGAUGGCAGUUCAGCAGGCUCAGAGUCCUGGCCAGCAACCCAUUGUCGUGGCAAACCUCUUUGAGCCAUAUACAUCACUUCUCGACAACUAUGAAAAGGUUAUGGAAAAGAACGGGUCUUUGGCCGUUGCAACUGGCUACCGCUCGGUAGCUAGGAGGCUUUUAGAUCGCCUGGAGGCUGUCUUUGCUCGCGAUAUAUCCAGCGAGAACUGCUUUUGCCCCAUGUGUGGUUCAGAGUGGGAUCGAUCGGAGGACGUGCGCGGAGUCAGCUGGGGAGAGGUCCUGGAAUUCGUAUGUGGACGCAAGGAUUUGCCCGCCUGGCCUCCUUUUACCUUCACCCAGUCGCCCGUAGGUCUCGGGAUUUCUCUUGAAUUUCAUGUUCCAAUGCAAAAGCUGGACAUUGAUGUACCCGAAGAGUAUCGAGAGCAUUACGUUCGACAAUCUCGCAAAACCAAACAAUCUGUGGACAAGUGGCUGAGUCGACAGACUCCGGGAGAUGUACCCACUUCCCCGCCUGAAGAAGUCGACGACGAGACUCUAACUUUUGCUAUCCUAACACACCUUCCUGCAGACCAAAGGCCGGCAUUCAAAAAUCUGUUGGGUAUAGUGGACAAGCCAGUUGAACCCCCACGCAGAAUCCCAACCCCUGAACUCCAAAAUGGCGCCACACGUCCUCAAGAACCCGCAAGAACUCCAACUCCGGCUCCACGCUCGACACCCGAACACGUUGUCGUCGCCAGCCAGGCAAUCAAAAGACUUUAUCGUUUGAGCUCUUCACCUCGUGACUGCGAAGCGGCUCUGUUCCUCUUGCAUAACCCAACCCUACACAACACACUAGCUACGCUGGCUGCAAUCAGUCAUGAUGAAUGGGACAUAUUGAUUUCUGGGCGCUUUGAUGGCUUCCUGCGUUCUGGAGCUGACGAGAAUUUCCCUCCUCCAGAUCCUGUUCCCUCUCGAGGGCAAACACCACUUCGCCCGCCAACACGGGGACUUACUCCGGGCUAUAACCAGUCAGCGUCAAGUCUUGGUGGUGUGCGCUCAAGACAAGGAAGUUAUAAUCAGUCAGCUUCAGCAACGUCUGGUGCUCCUAUUGCGUUCGACGAGGAGACCGAACUUGCGACCUUGGCUGAGAUCGAGCGUGAUGUAUAUACUGGUAUGGAAGCCCUUGAAGAUGCUUUUGAAGCUCUUCAUCAAAAAGCAGAAGUCGUAAGACGAGCUUUAAGAGAACGAAGUGCCGGUCUCGCGGCAGCUGCUCAGCGAAGACGUGGCACUGGUAUUGAAGUUCGAAUGGGAACACCUGCCAGUGUAGUCGGUUGCGAAAAUGGAUAUACGAGAUGGGAUGGCGAGACAGAUGAUGGACUCGGUGAUUGGGAUGCCGUUAGCGACAUUCAACCGGAUGAUAGCGCGAGCAACAUAUCGAGUUCAAGGCGACGGAGACCCAAACGGAGAAAUGAAAGAAGAACACCAGCGCUAAUUGAAGAGGAAGAUGAGUUCGAGGGGGAAAGUGAGGGUACUCAGAGCCCAAAGAAACCAGGUUAUAGGUGA